AUGGUAAUCAUUUUGCCCUUUCUUACUUUCCGGUUUGAUAUUAUUAGUUUAACUGAUGGAAUUGAUGUGUUGGUGAUCCAAGAGGAAGGUGUUUUAAAAGGUCAAGAGCUAGAAAAUGCUGUAUCAGAUGUAGAUUACACCAAAGCAGUCCAAAUUACCUUUCAGCUGUGCAGGCCUCAUAAGCUUUUAAAGUUAUUUGGAGAAAUUAGCAGAGGAAUAUUGUCUACUUUUGGAAUACGUUUGAGAAUGGAAUAUGAAGCCAAAGCUCUUGCUCAGUUUGUGUUUUUCCGAGUUUUCAACAUGCUUCCUCCAAAAGAGAUUAUCGAGAUACGAGGCUUUGGAGAACUCCUUGAAGGUCUUAUCCCAUAUUGUCAGAGGCAUUUCAGUAGGAUAGAUAGGCUGGAAAGAAGCAUAUUCUUGUUGGACUAUUGCCUUACAGGUAUGUCUGUUAUCGAACUAGAAAUGGAGGAAAAAGAAAUAGAAGACAAGUCUGUGAAGCAUUCCAAUGAGGCAGAUGAGGAGCAAUUGGCUAAAACUGCAUUGGUGGAACAUAAAUAG